AUGCCCACACCACAAUCCAUACUUUCUUCAGACAUGGACUGUGGACACGUCGACCGAGUCUUCAUCAUACGCUAUUGGAAGGACCUUGGUGCUAAAUGGACCGUUGUGGAUUACCAAAGUAAUGUUCACCAUGUUACUUACAACAUGGAUAUUCACACUCCAAUGAUUACUCAAGGCUGGAACCAACUAAGAUCUUUCUAUGGAGAUCAGUCUGACAAGUUGCUUGUGUUCAAAUACGUGGGAAAUUCAUCUUUCGUAGUCCACGUCUCUAAACGUUCUGCAGACACAGGAAUCAAGACCAAGUUCCUCAACAAUGUUGCCAUACGUCGUCCUCUCUCUAUGUCGAACUUAAUCCAUUUUACUGUUGAACUAUCCACAUACUACUGUCAAGCAAGCCACCUGAUGACGACGAAACAAUGCAUAUUGGGUGAUCAAUCCAUACUUGCAACCAAGUGGAAGGGUGGAUUCUUUUCUAUGUUCAUCGAAGAACAGGAUUUUGGUGACGUCAACCGAUUGUUUGUCAUUACAUUAGGCCGUGAACUGGGUCCAGUUUGGACAAUUUCUGAUAGCAAGGGUAAUAUGCACCAUGUUACCUUCAACAUGGAUAUUUAUAAUCCAAGGAUUACUGAUGGCUGGUGUGAUAUAAGAAAAUUCUAUGAUUUAAAACCACUGAGACUAUGUUACUUAAGGCAUACUGGAAAUUCUGUUUUUGAAAUACACCUUUAUGAUCACUGUUCAAAAACAACUUUGCAAAAAUUUCAAACUCAUGUUCGAUCAAAUCUUCCACUCACAACGUCAAAAUUAAUUCACUUUGAGUUCCGCCUUUCUAAAUACAACUGCAAAUCAAGCUCUCUGGAUUUGAAUUCAGACCUAUGUAAGUAUUUUCGCAAUAGUAAUUUCUCAGAAAUUGUGCUUUACGGUCCAAAAGCACAGGUUCAAUGCAAGUUGUUAAUUAGAGCUAGAUCGGUGAAGAUUGGCAGUGGAUGGAAAAAGUUUUGUGAACUACAUGGACUAGAGGAAAGGGAUAUAAUACUUCUUGAGGUUGACGGUGAAAAAAUCAACAUGUCUCUCUCUGAAGUUCAAAAGCAAACUCAAAAUGUAAGCCAAGUUACUCCAGAAAAGGAGAAUUGGAAUAUCAUCGUUAGGGUGAUACGUUCAUGGUUCGUUCCAGAUUUCACUAAACAGAGGUGUCCUUUUUCCAUGGAGUUGGUUAUUCAAGACAAAGAGGGUUCUAAAAUACAUGCUUCCAUCAAACGUACUCUGAUUUACAAAUUCCAGACUAAAAUUUCUGAAGGUCAUGUUUAUGCCAUACAAAAUUUCAGUGUUGCUCCAAAUUCUAGAAUAUACAGAACUACGCACCACCCUUAUAAGAUUAAUUUCCAGUUUGGUACCAAAGUUAGUUUGCUUGAUGGUAACUUGGUUUCUGAUGUGAAACCACAAUACACACCUUUGUCAUUAUUGACAACCACUGGAUUCGAUACUGAUUAUUUAGUUGAUAUAUUGGGAUUACUGGUCGGAGUGGGUACUGAAAGAGAAUUGCAAGUUGAUGGAAAGACAACAAAAUUAAAUGUCAUUGCAAUAGAAGUUGAUGGAAUGUGCUUUGAGGCAUUUGAUAUAACACUAAGAGAUAUUAUGCGAAAUGUUGAUGAUGCCAAUAAUGACAAACCAUUUGGUGGCAAAGCAGUUGUUUUAGGAGGUGACUUCAGACAAAUUCUACUCGUUAUAAAGAAAGGAUCUAGGUUUGAUAUCAUCAAAUCAGCCAUCAAUUAUUCAGAGUUAUGGAAUUGUUGUAAAGUGCUCAAACUGUCCAAGAACAUGAGAUUAAGUACUACAACAAACAAUCAAACAGCCAAUGAUAUCAAAGAAUUUGCUGAUUGGAUAUUUAAAAUUGGAGAUGGCCAAAUGGAUGUAAAUGAGAAUGGUGAGUGCAUGGUAGAAAUUCCAGAAGAGCUGCUGAUUAUAAAUACAGAUGUACCUUUAUUGUCAUUGGUUGAAUUUGUCUAUCCUCAAUUUGUGGUUAACAUGAUGAAUCCAAAUUAUUUUGAUGAUGGAGCAAUCUUGUGCCCAACUAAUGAUUCUGUAGAGCAAGUCAAUGAUUUCAUGUUCUCUUUAUUAGGUGGUGAAGAGGUGACUUAUUUAAGUUCAGAUACACCUUGCCAAUCUAAUGAACAAGAUGAAGUUCAAUCUGAAUGGUUUACAUCUGAAUUUUUAAAUGAUAUCAAAUGUUCAGGGAUACCAAAUCAUAAACUCAAGCUCAAAAUAGGUGUGCCAAUUAUGCUCUUGAGAAAUAUUGAUCAAGCAAAAGGUCUUUGCAAUGGCACAAGAUUGCAAGUCAACCAUUUGAGUAAAAAUGUAAUCUCUGCAACUGUAAUUACUGGAAAAAACAUUGGUGACAAAAUUUUUAUUCCAAGAAUGGAUUUAGUGCCAUCUGAUUCAGGAUUGCCUUUCAAAUUCCAAAGAAGACAGUUCCCAAUUUCAUUAUGCUUUGCAAUGACGAUUAACAAAAGUCAAGGACAAACACUUUCUAGAGUGGGACUUUAUCUUCCACAACCUGUAUUCACACAUGGCCAACUAUAUGUUGCUAUUUCUAGAGUGAAAACCAAGAGAGGAUUGAAAAUACUUAUAUUGGAUGAAAAUGGAAAUAUCACAAACACAACUAAAAAUGUUGUGUACAAAGAAAUUUUUGAAACUCUUUGACAAUGAACACAUUAUAGGUAUGUCAUUUCUAAUUUUCUUUUAAUUUGAAAGUUUGUAUAAAUU